AUGUCCAUGUUCAUGUCACUACCCGCCUACGCGGAAGCUCCUCCUCGCCGACGCUACUCGAGUACCAGUAGUGCAUCUGCUGACCCUGAUGAGGACUGGACCAAGAUCUCUGACACUGCUGAGCGCCGACGGAUACAGAACCGCAUUGCUCAGCGCAACUACCGCAAGAAGCUCAAGCGACGCCUCGAGGACCUCGAGCGCCGUGCUAGCUCUUCUGAACCUGCCGGGUCCGAUAAGCAGGCCCAGGAGUCCACCAAGUCGAAGCAAUCCUUCAAGUCCCAAAAGUCACAGCCCGCUACCUCCACCAAGCUAGUCGUCUCUCAGAGCCAGUUUAUUCCUCACAGGGAGCCAACUAACAAUUUCUUCUUCCUUAGCACCCACAACAACCAGGCUCGCUCCAACAGCCUUUCCCAGUUCACAUACUCGACUUAUCCGACUCCUGAUGAGAUAUUUGUCACUCCCUACGAUUCCCCUGAGACCUCCUUGGCCAUAGCUACUGGUGACGCACACCCCAACUACCUGAAUACUUCCGCCGUGCCCAUGAUACUUUCCCCAAUGACGCAUUUUAGCGAUACCACCAAGCAGGAGUCAUGCCCCAGUGACGACAAGUGGACCCCUUAUACGACAUAUGGUUACAUGCCGCCCAUAGACUUCAACACUUCAAGCCCCUACGACCAGUCUGACCCUCAUACUCCUCCGCUCUCGUAAUUUUGGGACAACUAAGCCAACUACUUAGAGGGCGAAUAGGAAUAUCCCAUUACAUGUCGGUCAAUGCCCGAUUCGCCAAGACUGAUUCAGCUUUAAUAGAGUGCUAGGGACGGUCCAACACAGUCUGUGAAAAGUAGCUACCGAGGCACGAUUGGGCGACCAUAAGCUACUUUGCAGCUGGUUUAGGCCCUAGAAUCAGCUCUAAGUGGCAUAGCAUGGCGGGAUUGAUUUUUGGACUUUUUAUUCUCUACUUCUUGG